AUGGAAGGAGGAAAUAGUACGUCGCGCCCCUUACGCUACAUCAAAAAUGUGCUUCAUGAAAUUGGUCUCGUCGCAAUGUGGAAGUCGACGCGCGACGUCAAGUUCCUCUGUGCCCAGCGCUUCGUCCGCUUAUUCGCAUAUGGUGGCUCGACUCUGAUCCUAGUGUCAUACCUAUCUGCCCUAGGGAUCCCUGACGAUAAAAUUGGAUUCUUCAUGACCCUUACUCUGAUCGGGGAUGUUGUCAUUAGCUUCUUCCUUACUCUUUUUGCCGAUGCCAUGGGUCGCAAGGCCGUGCUAUGUCUUGGAUCGAUUCUAAUGGCUGGAAGUGGUGUCAUUUUUGCUACAUUUAGCAAUUAUUGGGUGCUAUUGGGUGCUGCUGUCCUCGGUGUUAUCAGUCCGAGUGGAAAUGAAAUUGGACCUUUCCGUGCCGUGGAAGAGUCUACUUUGGCUCAUCUCACUCCCCAUGAGAGUUUACCAGAUGUUUUUGCAUGGUAUUCGCUCGUUGGUACUGCUGGAACUGCACUGGGUCAGCUUAUCUGCGGCUGGGUCAUCACCUCUCUCCGGGAGUUGCAUGGAUGGAAGUUUAUUUCUUCCUGUCGAGUGGUUUUCUUUGUAUAUGCCGCUGUUGGUGUUAUCAAAUUAGCCUUGACCCUGACACUGACCCAGAAUGUCGAGUCGAAUUCUUCAUCGGAAUCGCAGAAUGGUGAGACUCGUCCCCUGCUAGCUGAGCCUAAUCCAACCGAGGAUGAAUCUCCCAAGAAGAAAUCUAUCUGGUCGUCUGCAGAGACUGGUAUGUGGUCUCUUAUCAUCCGUCUGUUCAUUCUGUUCGGUCUAGAUGCAUUUGCCUCUGGAUUGGCCUCCUUGUCCUGGAUGGCAUACUACUUCCAUCUCAAGUUUGAUUUGCUCGAGGGCGAGCUAGGUACUAUAUUUUUCGUCUGCAGCACCAUUUCAGCGGCUUCUAUGCUUGUCGCAUCCUCAAUCGCAAAGCGAUUUGGUAAUGUGAAGACUAUGGUUUUCACACAUUUACCCUCGACAAUUUGCCUGGCUCUCAUUUCUGUCCCUAAUAGCCUACCUCUGGCCUUAACGUUCCUUAUUCUCCGUGCCUGCACCUCAAGCAUGGAUGUGGCACCUCGCUCGGCCUUCCUUGCUAUGGUUCUACCGGCAGAUAAGCGAACUGCCAUUAUGGGUGCAGUCAAUGUUGUCAAGACCACCGCAACAAGUAUGGGCCCUCUUCUUACCGGUAUUCUAUCUCGCAAUGGUAUUUUCGGCGUCUCCUUCAUCAUUGCUGGUGGUUUGAAGAUCAUCUACGAUCUUGGCAUGCUGUUCACAUUUGGCGGCAUUGAAGCCAAGCAGCGCAAGCAGGCUGCUGCGACUUCUCGAGACAAUGAUGAUGAAGCGAAUUAA